AUUUUACUACGUUUUGUUGACGGUUAUUUUAGUUUUAUCGAUAAAGUGUUUUGUAGUUUUACAUGUUAAAAAAUGGAGGGCGCUUACAGUGACAAAUAUUCUUUUAUUGGGGAAUGGUACGAUAAUCAAGCUUGCCUUAUUCGCCGGUUCAAUGUUUUCUAUUAUCCUGUUGAUAAUACAUUAGAAAUGUACGAUUUAAAAAACCGGAAAACGUUUGUAAGGAGAGUAAAAGUUAACGGAAUCAAUUUGGAAAACUUUUACAUUGGGUGUACAUUGUCCAUAUUGGGACGAUUAAUUAAAAUUGUAGAUUUUGCUUGCGAAGAUACUAGAAAAUUAUUGCAUAAAGAUAUACAAGUUACCUUUGCAAUGAUCAAACCGAUGGCUACCAAUAUUGUGGGUAAGAUAAUAACGCAUCUAAAUGACCACGGUUUACGAAUAUCGAAAAUGAAGAAAGCCAGACUUUCUGCUGAAGAUAUACAUGUACUUUAUAGAUCUUUAGUUGGUGAUUCAACAUUUCCUUUUUUACUAGAACACCUCAGUGGACAGCUGGUGUAUGGUAUGGAGUUAGUGGGAAAGGAAGCAGUAUCACAUUGUAUUAAAAUUCUGGGAGAUAGAGAUCCACUAAAAGCUGAGCCCGGCACAAUAAGAGCUUUGUAUGGAACUGAUUCUGUUAGAAAUUGUGUUCAUGCAGCUUCAAACCCUGAAGGUGCAUUACAAGAUAUAGAGUAUUUUUUCCCUCCCCCGCCAAUACGUGCCACACGUCUGCGUCUUACAGCUACAUUAUCAAACUGUACACUUUGCAUAGUAAAACCUCAUGCAGUCAGAGAAGGGAAAUUAGGCACUGCUUUAGAAAUUAUCGACGAAGGAGGUUUUGAUGUUACAGCUUUAAAUAUGUUCAUAGUAGAGAUGGAUAAUGCUGCUGAAUUUUACGAAGUGUACAAGGGUAUUGUACAAGAGUAUAAGGGUAUGGUUGAAGAGUUAGCAAGUGGUCCUUGUGUUGCUAUGGAAAUAGUGGCCAAAGAUAAGAGUGUGGUUACCGCUGUAGAAUUCAGAAAACUUGUUGGUCCUGCAGAUCCUGAAAUAGCAAGAUUAUUACGUCCUCACACAUUGAGAGCUAAAUUAGGGAAAACGAAAGUACAGAAUGCGAUUCAUUGUAGUGAUUUGGAUGUGGACGGUUUACUAGAAGUGGAAUACUUCUUCAAAAUUCUAGAUCUUUAAAUUAAGGCUGACUACUUAAUUAGGUUUUUUUUUAUUUGCUUUA